CUUCGUUCAUGUAGUCCUUAACCUCUAUGUUAGCAGCAGCCAGGAAAGAGAUUGAACUUAUGUCAGAUGAGAUGAGGGCCUUGAUAGCCGAGAAGGAAGUCUUGGCGCAGGAAGGGAAUGCUUUGAAGUUAGAAAAAGGUUCCUUGCUAUCCAAGCUGGUAGACUUGGAGUCCAAGAUCGGGCUGUUAAAGCAAGAUCAGGAGAAACUCUGGACCGUGAACGAGGAGCUGAACCUGGAGAACAAGAGGACGGUCAAGGAGAAGCAAGACGCCGAGAACAGAACCCAGCAGGAGAAGGAGAAGAACGACGAGCUCAUCUCCGAAAAGGGAAGCCUGCUCCUGGAGAUCGAGGCCGCCCAAGAAGACCUCCUCAAGAUCACCAGAGAGAACGACGCUCUACGGACGUCGAAGGCGGCUCUCCUCAGUGAGGUUGAGGAGCUCCAAGCUCGCAGCGAGGCCUUGGCCCAGGAGUGUCGGAAGCACGUCAACCAGCGGGAAGAACUGGAGGACUGUCAGAGGAAGCUGUCCGAGGAGAACGCCGCCCUCCUGAAAGAUAAGGACGACGUCAUCCAGAAGCUGAAGAGCUCUUACGAAGACAUGGCCAGGGACCAGAAGGAGCUCCUGCAGGAAGUAACCACUUUGGCGGCGGAGAGGGACUCGCUCUUGGGGAAAUUUCUGGACCUGGAAAACAAGCACGUCUCUUUGAAGAGGGAGCGGGAUAGUCUUCUGCAGACCAGCCAGGAUCUGCAGUCGGACAAGGAGGCCCUCUUGAAAGCGGAGGAGGAGAGGCGCCAGAACUUAGAGCAGGCUCUAGAGGAGAGACGGGAGCUUCAGCUGAAAAGCGAAGGCCUUCACUCCCGACUGGAAUUAUCCGAUAAAGAGCUUAGAAGGGUCACCAAAGAGAAGAACCAACUGGAGGCCUCUCACGCUAGCCUCUCCAAAUUUCUGGAAGAGAUUAAGGCCAGCAGGGCGUCGACCGACACCGAGUUGAUCCAACUCCUUCAAGAGAAGGAAGCCUUGGUUUGCUCCGAGAGGAGGCUGGCGGCUGAACGCGAGGAGCUUUGGAACGAAAACAAGAACCUUUCGGAGAAGCUGGCCCAGACCUCCGAAGAAGCCGCCCGCGUGGAGAAGACCUUGAACGACAAGCUGAGCCAGCUGAGCGCCGAGAAGGAGGUGGCCUCCCAGAAGUCUCUGAAGUUCAAGAAGCAGAACGAGGGCCUGGUCAAGGAGAAGGCCUCCUUGGAAGCCAAAUGCGCCGAGCUCUUGGCGGAGAAGCAGUCCGCCACCAAAGCCGUGUGCGAAUUGAAGAAGAAGCACGAGCUGGACAUUUCCUCCAAGAGGAUGCUGGUCCAAGAGAAGGCCAAGCUGCAGGGCAGCGCCGAAACCCUGAAGCGGGAGCUCGACCAGAAGAUAACAGAGAACCAGGAUCUGGUCCGAUACAAAGCGGAGCUCUCCAAAAUCUUAAAAGAAACCCAAAGCGCCAAAACCGUGUUGGAAAACGAAUACUCCGCCUUGCUUCACGCCAAGCAGCUCCUCUCCGCUUCCUUUAAAAGCAGCUCGUCGGAGAAGGAGGUCCUGAACAGAGAGAAGGUCCAGCUGCAAGAGGAAUGCCAGAAGUUGAGCAAAGAGCUGAAGACCAUCUACAACAACCUGACCAUCGAGCGGGAAGGCCGUACGUUGGAGAAGGAGUCGUUCCUGGUGGAGAACACCCAGCUCCACAACGCCGUGAGUCGUUUGGAGGCAGAGAAGGAAGAGCUGAGCCAGAAGAACCAGGAGCUGUUGGCAGAACGGGACCAACUGAAAGAGGAGAAGUUGAAGAGCGAGUCCCGUUUGGAGGAGAUUAUGAAGGAGAAAGAGGUCCUCGGUGCCGAGACGGACCAGCUGGCCUCCAACAUUGAGAAGCUGAAGAAGGACUUUGCGGCUCUGACCAAGUCGAAAGCCGAGCUGCAGGAGCUUCACAGUAGUGUCUCCAAGAUCUUGGAAGACCUUCGCUCCAGCCACCAGACCAGCGAGCUGGAAAGAUCUAAGCUGCUCCAAGAGAACGAGGUGUUGCUUCUGGAGCAGAAGCAUCUCCUCGCCAUCAAGGAAGAGAUCCUGAAGGAGAAGGAGACGUUCUCCAAGGACUACUACAAGCUCCACGAGGAGAUCACCCUUCUCGCCCAGGCCAACAGCGAGAUGUCCGGCAAUCUUCUGGCGGCUCAGAACAAGACCCAGGCCCUGCAGAAGGAGAGGGACGAGCUGGUCUUCAAACUGGAAGACAUCGAAGGACUACAGGCCCAAGCCGUCAUGCAAAGAUUUGAGACUGCGAAAACAGCAGAAGACGCUUUGCAGAUAGUGGAGCAAGUGAGCAAAGAGAAGGAGACUCUUCAUAGAGAGAAGACGGAAAUCUCGGCCGCCUUAGAAGAAGCCAAGCAGCUGAACCAAAAGCUGAAAAAAGAGAGAAAUCCUCAAACUGGCGGAAGAGGAGAAAUCCCAACAGCUCGCCGUAUUCCAGGAGGAGAACCUCAAACUUGCGAAAGAGUUGGGAAAGGGGGAUCUCGCCAGUCACCAGAAGCUGGAAGAAGAGAGAUCUGUCCUCAAUAACCAGCUGCUGGAGAUGAAAAAGAGGUCUCGGUGCUCCGUGGAGAAAACGCCACAGCCAGGAAUUUGCACUCGGUCGUCCAGUCCCUGGAGUCCGAUAAGGUGAAACUGGAGAUCAAAGUAAAGAAUCUGGAGCAGAAGCUCAAAGAGAGCCAAAAAAGCUCUUCAG